AAUUGAACCCUUUAGUGACCGAACAUUCCCCAUGGAAACCAGCACUGGAGUCUUUCCUUUCCUAGAGGACACGCCCCUUCCCCUCUCUCUCUCUCUUUUCUCUCACUGCGUGACGUCAUCUCCACAGCGACCGGAGUCUUGUAGGCUGCAGAAUGGCGGCCCCGCGUCAUAGCGAGCGCGACGGCUUAUCGGAGCUCAGGAGGGAGAAGCAGAGAAAGCUCGGGAAAAUGGCUCCCUCUCCAAGCAAACGCAAAGAGCGCUCCGAGGACCGGGCUAAGGAGCGUACCAAAGAGAAGGUGCCCAAUAAAGAGGCAGGGGAGAAAGAUCGCGGCCGGGACAAAACAAGAAAGAGGCGCAGCGCCUCCAGUGGUAGCAGUAGCAGCAGUCGCUCCCGGUCCAGCUCCUCAUCCAGUUCAUCCUCUGGCUCCAGCUCCGGCUCUAGCUCAGGAUCCAGUUCUUCCUCUGCUUCCAGCCGGUCGGGUAGCUCCAGCUCAUCACGAAGCUCCAGCUCCAGCAGCUCCUCCGGUUCACCGAGUCCUUCCCGCCGCCGCCAUGAUAACCGAAGGCGCUCCCGCUCUAAAUCAAAACAGCCAAAACGUGAUGAAAAAGAGAGGAAAAGGAGGAGUCCGAGUCCAAAACCAACAAAAGUGCAUAUUGGGAGGCUGACAAGGAACGUUACAAAGGACCACAUAAUGGAGAUCUUCUCUACCUACGGGAAGAUUAAGAUGAUUGACAUGCCCAUAGACCGCAUCCACCCACAUCUCAACAAGGGCUACGCAUAUGUGGAAUUUGAGGCUCCAGAUGAGGCAGACAAGGCCCUGAAACACAUGGAUGGAGGACAGAUUGACGGCCAGGAGAUCACCGCUUCAGCAGUGCUAACCCCUCGACCCAUGCGGGUGGUGCCUCGAAGAUUCAGCCCUCCCCGUCGGAUGUUGCCCCCUCCCCCUAUGUGGCGUCGUUCUCCCCCGCGUAUGAGGAGGAGGUCCCGUUCCCCUCGCCGACGCUCCCCUGUCCGGCGCCGCUCUCGGUCCCCUGCACGCCGCCGUCACCGCAGCCGUUCCAGCUCCAACUCAUCACGGUGAAACUCCCAUCUUCCCUCUUGUCACGACAUCCCACCCGCCAGGCCUCCAACUCACAAUAAAAAGACCCACGUUUGUUGACGGUACAGCCACAUCAAGGACUGUUAUACGGAACGAGGCGAAACACGGCUGUAGCCUGACCUUAAGAGGCGAGCUUGUAAUAUAUAUAUCCAUCAAAGACGUUUUGUAAGAAUAAAACAGAAAUCUUAGUUUGUCUUUACUGUUUUAAUACCCCCAAAAUGUUGUCAUUUCUCACUGUUUCCCAUUUGCUGUCAUAGAUGAUGAUUGUUUUUUUUCGACUUUUUUUAACCUACUCUUUUAAAUAUGGUUUAAACUGGUUUACGGGAUGGUUUCACACACAUUUUUCUUUUCUGUCAAAAAAAUGUCAUUGCCGUUUUUGAUUCCAAACAUCGAAACCUUUUUAUGUAAACCACCAUAAUGGAGGCCAGAAUGGCACUUUUAUGGCCGGGGGCCAUGUGUACGUUUCGGCAAUCGUGCUGUAAAAAGAGCCUUAAAGGGGUACUCCGGUGAAUUAUUAUUAUUUUUUUUAAUUCACCGGUGCCAGAACAUUAAACAGAUUUGUAAAUUACUUCUAUUAAAAAAAAUCUUAAUCCCUCCAGUAUUUAUCAGCUGCUGUAUAAUCCAGAGAAAGUUCUUUUCUUUUUAAAUUUCCUUUGUCUGACCACAGUGCUCUCUGCUGACACCUCUGUCCAUGUCAGGAACUGUCCAGAGUAGGAGCAAAUCCCCAUAGCAAACCUCUCCUGCUCUGGAAAGUUCCUGCCAUGGACAGAGGUGUCAGCAGAGAGCACUGUGAUCAGACAGA